CUUCAGUUUCCCAAUAGUCUGAUCUCAUCUGUUUCAAAAAAAAAAAAAUUGACUGAUCUCAUCUAGACUCCAAUUACAAGAACUCCCUAAAGAGUUGCAGGGAAGAAUAUUGAAGAUUAUCCCCUAUGGUUCUUUUUUCUGUACAUUUGGUUUGUACUUCACUUCCUCGAUCUGUGCUUGGUAAGUGUUUGUUUCAGAUGUUAGAUCAAAGAAGUACUAUGGAAGGAGAAAGAGAGAUAUCAAUGAAGGCCCUCAAAAUUGCUCAAUUUGGUGCAAUGGGAAACCAAAAUCAAGUAGGCGGAGAAGUAAGCAGCCGCUACAUUGUCCUACUAUUCUGCAUCUUACAUGGAAUAAAGGAAGGCAGAAAGGAAGAAAUCAAAAGGCCAGAGAAGAAUGCAGUACGUCAACCAGAUAUUGGAAGACCAUUUAAGUGGAAUAAAUUGGAGGCACAAGAAUCCAACCAAGCUUUCCUCUGAAAGUCAAAUAGUGUGUUGACACUUUGAGAAGCCUAGACUGAGAAGCAAUAUUAAUUUUCAUCUGUUGAUCAGUAUGUUAGGAAUGAAGCCUCUUCAAAAGUUCUAUUUACUAGCAUUAACCCUUUAGUGUAGUCCUCCUAAUUCAAGUUAUAUAUGUGGAUAUAUUCUGUUUCCUUCUUAUAGAGUUAUCAUGUAAGAUGCAAUGAUUUGGUUAGCAGCCAAGUUUGUUUUCUGUUCUCAAAUAUUUGUUAGAAGUUAAU